GGACUGGAAAUCGUGCUGAAAGUGGCCUUGCGCUGCGUUUUCAGGAUAUCAGGCGCUGAUGUGCGUUUCCUGCAGGGACGAGGAGUGGGAGGGUGGGGAGUGGGGGGUGGAAGAAGCCAAUGAGCCCACCCUCUGCUCAUUCCCAGACCGACCGUCCCUCCAGCUCAGAGCUGCCGGAGCCACGGAGCUGGAGGCAUCGGGGUAACAGCUGCUUCUUCGCCCUCCACCUGGGCUUGCCAUCCACCGUUCGCUGCAGCCGCUCGCCCUCCAGAAUGGCCGAGGUGACCACGGUCCCCGCGGAGACGCCCGACCCCUUUAACGAGUUUGGGGACUAUCACAACUGGACCCAGCUGCUCCAGUACCUGAACUACACCUUCACCUCCUGCGACACCCAUCUGGAUGAGAACACCAAGCGGGUGAUGCUCUUCAUCCUCUACCUGGCCAUCUUCGUGGUGGGGCUGGUGGAAAACCUCCUCGUCAUCUGGGUCAACUGGCACACCUGGGGCCGCAAGAACCUGGUCAACCUCUACAUCCUCAACAUGGCUGUCGCCGACUUAGGGGUGCUGCUCUCCCUGCCCGUCUGGAUGCUGGAGGCCAUGCUCGACUACACUUGGCUCUGGGGGAGCUUCCUGUGCCGUUUCACCCACUACUUCUACUUCGCCAACAUGUACAGCAGCAUCUUCUUCCUGAGCUGCCUCAGCGUGGACCGCUAUGUCUCCUUGGCCACCUCAUCCCACUUCUGGCACCAGCACCAGCACCGGGUGCGCCGCCUCCUCUGCUGUGGCGUGUGGGUCUUCGCCGCCCUCCUCCCCUUCCUGGAGGUGGCCUACACGCAACUGGUGGACCCCUUCGAGCCUAUGUGCAUCUUCCUGGCCCCCUUCGAGACCUAUGAUGAGUGGGCUCUGGCCAUCAGUUUAGCCACCACCAUCUUUGGGUUCCUCAUCCCCUUCUCCAUCAUCGCUGUCUUCAACAUUCUAACGGCCUGCCACCUCCGGCGCUCCAAGCCGGAGAGCAGGAAGCACUGCCUGCUGAUCUACGCCUACAUCGUCGUCUUCCUGGUGUGCUGGCUGCCCUAUCACAUUGUGUUGACUCUGCUGACCCUCGAUGGCAGCCACUUCAUUUUCGGCUGCAGUGGUGCCAACUUCCUCUAUUUCUUCUUUGACAUCAUAGACUGCUUCAGCCUGCUCCACUGCGUGGCCAACCCCAUCCUCUACAAUUUCCUGAGCAAGAGCUUCCGCAGCAAACUCAUCUCAGCCGUGGUGAAGUACAUCCCCAAAGACCAAAUCAGCCAGAAAGGCCAGAACCCUUCCUCGUCCAGCACCCAGCACUCGAUAGUCAUUACCAAAGACAACCUCCCGCCUAAUUAAACAGCCACCGUGCUCUCUGGGCAUCGCUGGCAGCUGAUCGUGGCUGGCUUGCAACAUGAAACCCACAAAGGUCAAAUGAAUUCUUUCCCCUGGCCAUCAGGCAAGACACUUGGGCUUUUUGACGGCAUUUUCUUGUUGCCACUGUGGACAAAUCGAUUUCACUAAAGAAAAGAAAAAACGGCACCCUAGUUUUCAAAGAAUUGCUCGUUUCAUUACUCUUGGUUACUCCGGCUGCUCAGGACCGCGGCGCAAAUCCAGCUGGCAAGCUCGUCUCGGUCUCCCUUAGCUCUCCAGCCCUGGAACCCGCAACUCUUGCCCCCCCAGCUUUUCUGCCACUCCUGGCUUUCGUUUGCAGACGUGCGCCAGAUAUCCCGUACCUAGAGGAGAGCGGGCUUCUAGCGGCCUCUUGCAUCGAAU